GCUGUAACGCGUCGCUCCGCAGCUCACAGUGUGGAGCGCAACUUUCACGACCGCACCUCUCAUGACAGCCUCGGGAAACAAGACAGACGAAGACAAACAAACAGGGGAGCGGAGGGAAAACAGCGGACUCCUGCCUACUGACAUUAUUAAAGGGAUUUACUGCUGUGCGUAAAAAGGCGCACGGGGCUCUCUGCUGCGCGCCUCCAUCCAGCGGUAACAUUUGAUUUGCUUCUUUUGUUUUAAAUUUGGCCAUUGCAGCUUGUUCUCGGAUCUUCAUCCCCCCUCCCCCCCGCAACAAGAUGUUAAAAAUGACAGAGGAGCAUGACAAGUUAGGGAGCGACCAGCCCUGCAGUCCAUCAGGCACGAACAGCUCCCUGUCUCAGGACGAGUCCGACUCCGACGCGCCGUUCUCCCCGACGGGAUCCGACGGCCAGGGCUCCCUGCUCGCCGGCCUGGGCAAGAAGCUGGACUCCGAGGACGACGACCGGUUUCCGGCUUGCAUACGGGACGCGGUUUCUCAGGUGCUCAAGGGAUACGACUGGUCCCUGGUGCCGAUGCCCGUGCGAGGGAACGGAUCUCUGAAGAGCAAACCCCACGUCAAGAGACCCAUGAACGCGUUCAUGGUCUGGGCGCAGGCGGCCCGCAGGAAGCUGGCGGACCAGUACCCACACCUGCACAACGCCGAGCUGAGCAAGACGCUGGGGAAACUGUGGCGUUUGCUCUCAGAGAGUGAGAAGAGGCCGUUUGUAGACGAAGCAGAGAGGCUCCGGGUUCAGCACAAGAAAGAUCAUCCAGACUACAAGUACCAGCCUCGGCGACGGAAGAAUGUGAAACCGGGCCAGAGCGACUCGGACUCAGGAGCAGAGCUGGCACAUCACAUGUACAAAGCUGAACCAGGGAUGGGAGGACUGGCAGGGAUGACCGACGGGCACCACCCCCCUGAGCAUGCAGGGCAGCCCCACGGUCCCCCAACACCGCCCACUACUCCCAAGACAGAACUGCACCACGGGUUGAAGCAGGAUCUGAAGCACGAGGGCCGUCGCCAUGUCGACAGCAGCAGGCAAAACAUCGACUUCAGCAACGUUGACAUCUCUGAGCUCAGCACCGAUGUCAUCAGCAACAUGGAGACCUUUGACGUGCACGAGUUCGACCAGUACCUCCUGCUCAACGGCCACACCUCAGGCUCCUCCGGCCUGCCCGCAGACCACAGCCACGGGCAGGCUCCAGCGCCCGGCAGCUCUUACACUUCCUCAUACAGCCACGCAGGCGCCAACGGGUCAGCGUGGAGUCGCAAGAGCGCCAUGUCCUCCUCCUCCACCAGCGAGGUGGGCCAGCACCGACUCCAUAUUAAAACGGAGCAACUGAGCCCCAGCCACUACAGCGAGCACUCCCACGGGUCCCCUUCACACACCGAUUACGGCUCCUACAGCAGCCAGGCCUGUGUCACUUCAGCCGCGUCAGCUGCCUCGGCCGCGGCCUCUUUCUCCAGCUCCCAGUGUGACUAUACUGACCUCCAGAGCUCCAACUAUUACAACCCUUACUCUGGCUACCCCUCCAGCCUCUACCAGUACCCUUACUUCCACUCAUCCAGGCGGCCCUACAGCAGCCCCAUCCUCAACAGCCUGUCCAUGGCUCCUGCCCACAGCCCCACUGCCUCCAGCUGGGACCAGCCCGUCUACACCACACUGUCGCGACCUUAAGGGGACGAGAAGCCGUCAGUUCGCACACGAAAACUCAUUCAGAUUGAUGCACUACUAAUGAAGGACGUAAGGUGCAGGUGGAGGAGUGUGUUUGGUGGGUAGUAAGUUACCUGUGACCAUUUGAACGUGAAGCAAACAAAUGAAAAAAAAAGUGCCUGCUGAUUUUAUACAAAGUUAUAUUGUUGCGGUGAAAAAGACACUUAAGACUUUUUACAGGGACAAAUUGUGUUGUUGGUGAGCCAAACUCCUCCAUGAGGACAUGUCACCUACGCCUACAUCCUGUACACCCCUCAUCUUUCCAGUUAAAGAUUGCACGUGUGCGCACACUUGAGGUAGAGCAAAGGCCUGCCCCCGAGUUGUGUAGGAGAGGAACGGUUUUGGCCAAAUUGUGAUGUGGAGCAGAUGGAGAAGCCGACAUAUUGGAGAAUAUACACGGGACCAAUUAUGUAAAUUUGCAGUAAAAUUUACAUUAAUGGCCAGAGCUAUAUCGCAGCACACUUGUCCAUUUGCAUUAGUGGAUCCGUCUUAACUAAAUUGCUCAUAUGAAUCUUAUAGUGUCAUUUUGGCAUAAAAGUCUUAUGUAUUUAUGUUCAUGCAUUAUUGGUUUUAUUUUAUUUUUUGUUCUCAAGUAGAUAACACAUGUAAUGUGGGUUUGGUUAUUUACAGUACUGUUUGGCUUGUAUUGAAAACACAGUAAGUGAAGUGAAGGACAGCACGAGCUCAGUGCAUUUUAUAUCAUUCCAUUGAAGAAGAAUUUCCGGUCCAAUUUCCACCCUUUCCUGCGUCUCCGUUCCCUAUUGCAAGAAAGUGGCGCAGGACCGACGUGCACAGGACAGAACAGGUGUCUGAAAGCUAUGCUUGGCAAAUCGCGAUUAGUCAUGAUCUAGGGUUAAAGGAAAUGGGGUAAAAUAACACCACGCACUCUGAGUGACAUGUCAGCUGGACCUCCUGUAUACGCGGAUGGACAACGCACGCACAUGUGUACGUACGUGCAUCCAUGUGUGUGCGUCAGGGAGAUAAAGUGCAGCUCUACGCGUGAGAGAGGAGAUACAUAUCCCGUGAUAUAAUACACACAAGUGAUACUUACGACCACUCUUAUCAUUUCAACUUUUUCCGUAAUUUAGAGUCGGGUUUAAAGAGGAAAUUACUUGUUUGAGUAUUUGCCCAAAUUUAUCCGAGCCAUCGCUCACUGCUGCAGUGUCUCGUAAAAAACAACAAAAACGUCUUUGUGCCUUCUAAUGCUUAUCGUCAGUAUUUCAGUAUAAGACAUUGAAUUAUUAACAAACAUCCGGCAGCACACAAUCAGUAAUCCACACCAGAAAGUCCCACAGUUAACCCGCUCCUCUUUAUAUCCUUAAUUUGACUAUAUCCUGAAUUUUAAAUCAUUCCUUGGUUUGUCAUAUUCUGUGAGGUGCUGUAUGAGAAACACAUACAGUGCAUCCCGGUACAAGUUUUGUCCACAGAACCGUGUUUUUGUAUAUUAUCCUGGUGCAUAAUUUGACAUCAUUCCUUCUAGCCUUGGUUUGUCGUGUUCGGCGAGACGCCGUAUGAGAAGCACACAGAGCAUCACGUUCCAGGUUCUGACCACAGAACCGUGUUUUUGUAUAUUAUUCUGGUGUAUAAUUUUGAGAGAGGCUGUGAAAACUAUUGUUCUAUUAACUAGAGUUUCAUUCACACAUGCACAGCUAACCCAUGCGCUGGCCAUUUUUGGUUCAAAAUAAAAGAUACUGUUCUUGA